AAGGUCGUUGUGUGGUGUCAAGGGAUAACCAUUUGUAUUUUUCUUUGGGCCGUAAGGAUGAAGGGGUCACUGCAAUGCUUCGGGGUUCUGCUGCUUACUGGACUUUGCUCUGCUGGGCCGGCAGGGAAAGAGUUUGCCACAGCCUUCAUGCAAAAUUAUAUUGAAGACUAUAAAGGCUCAAGCUUUAAGAUUGAAGUGGCAUCUCCCCCCCUCUCCCUCCAACCCACUAAGGUCAAGGUAACUGCCCUUGGGAAGGACUAUGAGAAGACAGUUGACCCUGGUAAAAGCGUGACCUUUGACCUACCCAAAGGAGUAGAGAUGAUUGGCAGCAAAAAGAACCUCCCCACUGUCCUGAUUGAAGCUUCCCAGGAGGUCACAGUGUUGUCAUUCAACUACAAAAAGGAAACAGCUGACACCUCUGUCGUYUACCCCGUGAAGGACUGGGGAACAGAGUACUUCAUCUUCACCCCCAUGUCGACCGCUGGUGAUAGGUUCUCCAAAGAGUUUUCCAUCAUCAACUACAAAGAGAAGAACUUUGGGGUUGAGGUCUAUCUGACUGGCCCGGUGACAUUCCAAAGGCAAAAGUAUUUUGCAGGCAGCAAGCUGACAAUCGAUCUUAUGCCCUUUGAGAGUGUACAGAUUCAGAGCCAGUUUGAUCUGAGCGGCACCAACGUGAUCUCUAAGUUUCCAGUCGGAGUUCUCUCAGGACACAGCUGUACUAAGAAAUAUACUGGCUGCAACCACGUCUAUGAGCAGCUCCAGCCCGUUAAGAGUUGGGGGAAGGAAUUCAUUGUUGCACCACUACCUUUCCAUAAAAACAUCAACAGAUAUGAUAGUCUUUACAUCCAAACAUCUCAGUUCACUCAAGUCAAAGUGAUGCAAUCUGGUAUCGAUUUCCUUACACUACCAAUGUUCCCAGGACAAUCGUUGGAGCUCAUUGUCACCUGGCCAAAUUCCUAUUACUUGAGUGCUGACAAAGGCAUUCAGGUCCUGUAUGAGUUCAACGGAGGUGAUGUGGGAAAGAAGCAAUACUACGACCCUUUUCUGUUCACCAUUCUACCAAACGACCAAUUCAGCACUUCAUACGCUCUAGAAGGGCAAGCUGGCUUCCACAACAUGUUCGUAAUGGUGGCUCUUACCRAGGACCUGGGUGGGUUCAYGGUAGACACGCUUCCAAUGCCCUUAAACAUCGAGUGGCACAAAGUGGWCGGAACCGAGUACUCAUGGGCUGAGGUCUUGUAUGGUACUGGAGCUAGCUUCCAACAGAUAUCCCACGCUAACUCCCCAUUCGCUAUCUACAGCAUUGGUGGGGCUUAUGCCAAUGGCUAUGGAUCCCCUGCCUCUGGUAACCCAGAUGCCCCUGAAUGCCCAGAGAACAGCCACUAUGAGGUGUGUGGAAGGGGCUGCCCUGCCACCUGUGAAGACCCAGAAGGUCCCUCCAUGUGCAAAACCAGUUGUGUGAAGAGCUGUAUGUGUGACAAGGGCUAUGUGCUUAAUGGAAAAAAGUGUGUGCCCCUGUCGCAAUGUGGUUGUCUUUACAAUGAUACAUUCUACAAAAAUGGCCAAGUCUUCCAUCCCAAUGGGCUCUGUCAGGAGGAGUGCACAUGCAAUGGCAAGGUGAAUUGUGUGAAGUUCAGCUGUGGCCCCCAUGAGACGUGUGAGGUGAAAAAUGGUGUCAGGCAUUGCCAGGCUGUUGGAAAGGGAGUCUGCACCAUCUCAGGUGACCCACAUUACAAGACCUUUGACAACAGCUUAUAUGACUUCCAAGGCACCUGCACCUACACUGYAGCUCAAGGCUGCCAUCUAGAGGGGACACGCCUCAACCCCUUCUCUGUUGUGGUGGAGAAUGAGAAGUGGUACGCCAUGUCAAAUAAUCCAAAGGUAUCUGUUGCCAAGCUUGUGGCUGUAGAAGUCUAUGGUAAUACCCUGGUUCUAAGGAGGAAUCAAGCAGGAAUGAUAAUGGUAAAUGGAAUUAUGAUGAGUCUCCCUGUGAAUCUUAACAAYGGAGCAGUGCAGGCCUACCAAGAGGGCACCUAUGAUGUCAUCACAACAGACUUCGGCCUGAGAGUCACCUAUGACCUUGUGUACCACGUCAUUGUCACCGUCCCUGGCCACUACCGUGGCAAGACCUGUGGUCUGUGUGGCAAUUUCAACGACAACAAGAAUGAUGAGUUUCAACUGCCUGAUGGGAAAAUAACCAAGGACCUCCUGACCUUUGGCGCAGCCUGGAAGAUCAGUGUGCCACAUGUGGUUUGUGAGGAUGGCUGCAGCGGAGAAUUCUGCCCCAAGUGUGACGCUAAGAAGAAACUCAUAUUUGAGGCCGACUGUAGUAUCAUCACAAACCCUCAUGGUCCCUUCGCCACCUGCCACAAUGUGAUAGACCCCACCUCUUACUUCAGAAAUUGUGUCUAUGAUGUCUGCUUGUCUGAGGGAGACCGUAAGGUUCUCUGUCAAAGCAUAUCAGCGUACAUGAUUGACUGCCAGGACUUUGGGGUGAACAUUAGUAACUGGAGAACAGCAACCUUCUGUCCCCUGGACUGUCCUGCCAACAGCCACUACCAGAGCUGCUCUGAGAUCUGUGCCAACCCAUGUCCCGGCCUCUCUGACAUUAUCACCUGCCCCACCACCUGUGCCGAGGGCUGUGCCUGCAAUGCAGACUACUACUUCAAUGGGACAGGCUGUGUUAAGUGGGACCUGUGCAGCUGUUACCACAAAGGACGCACAUACAAGAUUGGUGAGUCUGUGUUGUCAGAGGAUUGCCAGGAGCUCUGCACCUGCACUGCCUCUGGUGAUGUGAAGUGUGAGGCCACCAAGUGCAAGGCUGAUGAGAGCUGCCAGGUCAAGAAUGGUCACCGGGGCUGCUAUCUCAAAAAGUGUUUGUUGGAGACUAAUGGUGCCUUCACCCUUUUCAAUGGAAGAAGUGGUGCAAUCACAGCCAUGGGGAACUAUGAGAUCAUCAACGUUUGUGACAAUGCUCUUGUGGAAGAGUGGUUCAGAGUGGUGGUGACCUUGCAGGCCUGUGGGAAGACUGGCCUCAAGAGCGUUGUUGCAGUGUACGUCUAUUUUAAUGACCUGAUCGUCACUGUCAAUAGCAAGCAUGAAACUUGGAUAAACGGUAAGAAGGUGACUCUACCACGCCUGAUGAGUAAUGAGGUCUCAGUGAAGGUCUCUGACAAGACAGUGAUGAUUGAGAGGAUGUCAGGCCUUCGGGUGUCAUACAGCCUCUCUCAGGAGAUCAUAGUGACAGUCAGUGCCCACAUGGCUGACAAGGUGUGUGGAGCUUGUGGAAGACUGAAUCCUUCAGGAGACAUCCCGGGCCCUAGUUUCAACCGGACUAUGCAGGAAUACAUGGAYGGCUGGAAUGCACCGGACUUCCCAACCUGCAGUGGCGGCCUUUGAASACCUUGGAACAUUCUUUCAUCCACAAGACAUUUUAACUACCCAGAUGAAUCACCUCUGAUAGAGAAUCAGUCUUCAAUAAAUGUUUGUGAUAACUUUAAUUCUAUUCUUACCGAACAAUUACAUUUUGUGAAAUGAUUCUGUAAAAACCAAACAAUAAAAUGUCGACGAGAAAAGCAUCAAGAA